CGCAGCUGAAGUAGACCCAGCUUAUUUCAAUGUAAAGGGCUUGCUUAACUUUGCACCAUCCGAAACUCAGGAUGGUCAUGCCUGAGAUUGCUUGAAGGCUGUACUUGAAACGUCAUCGCAGCUUCUCCGCAUGGGAUGUGGGGAAGGCCCUAGGGAUGUACCUCCACACGCCAAAGCCAGGAAUGGUAACCACGGAAGAAUUGGACCUUGCAGCUUUGGGAUGUCACCAUCUUUGGCUGAUCUGUCCUAUUCUGGGCGUAGUAUCGGUAUAUUGACCACCCGCAGCUGCCUCGUCAUGGGAUAGGAGGGCAAGAUGCAGGGUAAAAUAAUCGCGUAUAUGAUGUACAUUCCCGCCUUUGCGUUUGCCUUCCUGUUCCCGCGACAAUGGCGAGAAUACUGUGGCUGGCCCUGAGUGCUCUGCUCACAACAGCGCUAUGUGACUAUACAAUCACUCUGACGCCUUCAUCGGCACUACUCGUUACCGAUGGUAAUACCACCCUGGUCAAUAAUACAGCAGUCCUGGCCGGUGGACAGAACACUACAGCUGAACCGUUGAAAAAUGCUACCGAAGGACUCGCCUACGCUUUCCUCACACCUACGAUCGCAAAAAUAACACUCAACACAUCGAACGCCUUCCACGGUGCGCGUUUCUCAGCAUCCGAAUCGACGCGUUUCUACGGAGUUUGGGAGUACCCUUUCAACAAUCGAAUUGACAAUGCAAAUAUAUCAUUCGAACUCAAGGGCGUGGGGAAUAAUGUUGGUGUCAACUGGAGCAAUGCUCGAGCUCCGUUCUUCUUAUCAUCUGCCGGGUACGGCGUAUAUGCAGACACCUUGAAAAUGGGAUCUUACGACUUCACGACCCCCGGAGGCGCCCAAUUCAUCUUCAAUAGCAGCAGCCUAGUCUAUUACAUUAUCCUUCCGAAGGGCGAUGGAGGCCUGAAGAGUGUUAUCGAACAGUAUACGGAGCUGAGUGCUAGGAGCGAAAUACCACCGACUUCUGGAUUGGGACCGACUUUCUGGUCUGACGACUUCACCCAAGAUUUCCACGGCAACGUUUCCAAUGCCCAGGAGAAUAUCCAGGAUCUUGUAAAUCACUUGUACGACAAUCGCAUUCGCGCUACCUCGAUUUUCGCGGAUAGGCCAUACGGUAGUGGAAAUAGGUCAUGGGGCAACUUCGAUUUCGACCCAGCCCAGUAUCCGGAUCCCGCUUCCUUCAUCCAAAAUCUUACCGAGGUAUCAGGAAUUGACUUCCAGGUCUGGAUUGCGAACCGAGCGCAGUAUGGCACGAAGCUCUACAAUGCCUCUAUUCAAAACCAUUGGCUGUUUCCUGAUGAUCACCCUGUUGGCGGCCUCGGAGAAGCGUUGAAUCUCUCCAUACCGGCUGCAUACAACUACUUCGACGAGUCCCUGAAAUACUUCCCUGCAGUAGGCGUGAAGGGAUACAAGAUCGAUAGAGGCGAGGAAGGCGAGAUGCCUGACUACGUGCAAAAUGAACAAAUGGCACUUUUCCUGGAUUUAGCAUAUGAUUCAAUGGUGGGAACUUGGGGUAAGAGCCGCUUCUACAACUUUGCGCGUUCAGCAGUGGAUCGCAGCAGAGCGAAGACGCACGUAUGGAACGGCGACAGUCAUGCCAACUUCACAGGUCUCGCGUACAGUGUUGCAUCCGGUAUUCGGUCAGGGCUCAUCAGCUUCGGCAUCUGGGGUUCUGAUACGGGAGGGUACACGAGAGAAGGCGCUUUGACACCUUCGCCCGAAGUUUGGGCUAGGUGGAUGUGGUUCAGCGCCUUUUCUCCCGUUUACGAGCUCAUGCUCGGUACAAAUCACACGCCAUGGUACCCGCCCUAUGACAAUACGAGCACACUGGCUGUCAUGAAGCAGACUGCCAAUCUUCAUGCCGACCUCCUGCCCUACAUUCAAUCCUACACCAACGAUGUGUCUAAGACAGGUCUCCCGAUCAUACGCGCGCUGUUCCUAGAGGCAGAAAAAGACGAGAAGACGUGGGAUGUCAACGACUCAUAUUUCUUUGGAAGCGAGUUCCUGGUUGCACCUAUCGUUAAUGCCGGUGGCUCUCGCAGCGUCUACUUCCCAAACGGUCCUUCGAAAUCAUACCUCGAAUAUUUCAACAAGACACGGGUCUACUCUGCAGGCACGACGGCUAAUAUAUCCUCGCCUUUGACGUCCAUGCCAGUUUUCGUGAAGCAAGGCGCCAUCAUUCCACGCGGAGAUGUCUAUCAAGGCAACGCAAAGUGGAUACAGGGUUGGACUCCCGAUCUGAGGCUGGAGUUGUAUCCGAGCUUUGAUGUACCAGAGAGUAAAUUCACCUAUUAUGGUGGAGGCGCUGAGACUGAGAUUGUUCUUACGACGAACAAGACAGACAGGAGCGCGACUGUGGACACGGGCGGGCUGGAGUUCAAUGGCUGGGGCGUCAAGAUAGUCUGGUUUCUGAAGGGCGCAGAGGAAGGGAGAGUCAUGGACAUGAAGGUACACGGUGACGGAGGAUCGCUGAAGGUUACGAACAUAGAGACGCUAUUUUAGAGACCGCACUUGCUUUGAUCUGCCCACACAAAUCC